GGGCGGAGGAGGAGGAGGGCCGGCCGCUGCUGGAGCGCGAAGGCGGCUUCCUCCCCCCGGACAGCAGCUCCUCCUCCCCGCGGGCGCUUCCCGUCCCGCUCGCCCCGCCGCCGCCGCCGCCGCAGCCCGGCCUAAGGCGCGAGGAGGGCGCCGGUUGCGCGGCGCAGCGCUCAGGAUCGCGCGGGGCAUGUGGCAGACGCUGGCGCUGGGCGCAGCCUUCUUCCCGAGUCUCUUUGCGCUGGCGGUGCGGAGCCUCGCCUGGAUCGCGCCGGCAUGGAGCCUCAAGGACCGGAUCGUCCUCAGCGGCAGGCUUGUGUCCUCCGUCCAGGCCACGAUGGCGACCCUCUCGGGAAUCGUCGUCAUUUUUAACUGCAAAGAUGUGGUGCACGACAGGCAUUGGGCCGCCCAGGAAUACAUCUGGAUCAUCGUGGCGUACAUGAGCUAUGACAUCUACGUGAUGUACCUUUGCCACUGGCACAAGAGCGAGGAGAAGGGGGUGGCUGAACGGAAGCACUCCCUGGCCAGCCUGAAGAGCUUCCUGCAGAAGGAGAAGCUGAUGGUGACCCACCACCUCUUCAUCCUCGUCGUCCUCACGCCGGUAGCCGUGCACCUCCGAGGCGAGCUGGGCGAUUUCUUCGUAGGCUGCAUCUUCACGGCUGAGCUCAGCACUCCUUUUGUGUCUCUCGGCAAGAUCCUGAUGCAGCUGAAGAUGCAGGAUUCGCGCUUGCACAAGGUGAACGGCAUCCUCGUCCUGGUGACCUUCUUCCUCUGCCGGAUCCUCCUCUUUCCCUUCAUGUACUGGGCCUACGCCCGGCACGCGGGCCUGCCCAUCUACAAGGUGCCUUUCCACAUCCCCGCCCACUGCAACGUGGCCAACGCGCUGCUGAUCGCCCCGCAACUCUACUGGUUCGCCCUGAUCUGCCGGAAGGCCAUGCGCCUCUACAGCGCCUCGCCGGCCCCCGACCGAGCCAGAUAGCGGCAGCUCUGGGCCCGCCCUACAAGCCCUGGGCUCGGAGCCCACUGGCCUCGCCUUCCCCCACCGUUGCCUCGGAGACUGCGCUUGGGGGCCAGGGCCAGGGCCGUGGCGGAGCCGCUGACCUGCAGCGGAAGGCUGGGUUCCUUCUCCUGCCGGGCAGCGGACCGGUCGCCAAAGCCCUCCCUCGCUUCGGCAGGCGGGAGGAUCCACAGCCUGCGAUUGCAGAACGAAGCAGCAGCGUCGCAGAAUCUCUGCAGGAGACCGAAGACUCUGGGGCCUGUCAGCCUUUUUCCCAGCUAGCAGGAUCGGAGGGUGCAAGGAUCCAGCCAGCUGGGGGUCCGACACGCCCGCCUCAUCUCGUCAGGCCCGCCUUGUUCUUGCCUGUCCCACGGACUGCAGGCCGCUGCCUCUGCGGCCCUGCCCCACCCCAAGAUUACCACAGCCUCGGCAGCCAGGCUGGUGGGAAGAAAUUCACACGCUGCCUCCCGUGGCACCAAAUGUUCCCAACCGGCAGGAGACGCUGCACUUCCUUGUUCAGACAGGCAGAGCGCCCUCCUUUCCAGACACUGAAUGGCUGGAGAUUACUAUGGCCUCAGGCAGGUUCUCUGCGUUCGGUGCAUGAGCCGAACUUAGUUUUGUAACAGGGAGGAUGGGCAGGAGAGGAGUGUCACUCCCUUUCCUGAUAAUCUGAAUUUUCAUUUUAAGAAAAAAAAAACACCAAGUUUCUAGCCCCUAGGGAUGCAGAACUGGGCAGUGCACUAUGGAGGCUUUGCAUGCUAAACGUCCCGGGUUCAACCCCUGGCAACACCUCCAGGCAGACCUGGGAAAGAUCCCUGCUGGAAUCCCUCGAGACUUGCUGCCAGUCCGUGCAGACAAUACUGAGCUAGAUGGACCAACGUUUGACUCAUUAGGCAGCAACUUCCAAGAGGAUGGGGCCAUGGUUCAGCAGUAGAUCUUUGCAUACAGAAUAUCCCGGGUUCCAUUCCUGGCUGCAUCUUCCGGGUAGGGCUGGGAGAGACUCCAGCCUGAGAACGUGGAGCAGUGCUGCCAGUCAGGGUAGAUGCUACUAGGCAAAACCCAUGCAAGUGGCAACUUCCUGACAGUCUCAGUACACAUCUCCUGUCCCUGCUGCUCGCGCACGUUUAGGUCCCAUCCAGGACAGAAAAGCUAGGCAGCCUGAAGGUUGAAUUGAGGGAAGAUACUAAUUAUGGAGGAGAACUGGUCUUGUGGUAGCAAGCAUGACUUGUCCCUUUAGCUAAGCAGGGUCCAUCCUGGUUGCAUAUGAAUGGGAGACCAGAAGUGUGAGCACUGGAAGAUCUUCCCCCUUAAGGGGAUGGAACUGCUCUGGGAAGAGCAUCGAGGUUCCCAGUUCCCUCCCUGGCAGCAUCUCCAAGAUCGGGCUGAGAGAGACUCCUGCCUGCAAUCUUGGAGAAGCUGCUGCCAGUCUGUGAAGACUAUACUGAGUUAGAUAGACCAGUGGUCUGACUCAGUAUAGGGCAGCUUCCUAUGGACGCCACGCCCCUCUCUGAAGCUAGAUAAGGAUUUCAGGUGGAUUUUAGGGAUUGGCGGGUCCUUCGUUCGGCCUCCGAUGCCAGGUUCUGUUUCGAACCGGACUGCAGCAGGAUGAGCGUGAUGGGGCAUAUUUGUUUUUCCUUCCAUGGAGGAUGUGUCUUCUUGCACUCUCCAUGGCUUGCUGGACUUUUUAAUAGAGGGGGAAAGAGCUGGUGGAAUAGAGGGGGAUUUAGAGGCCGACAGAGCAGUAACGGCAGUGCAGGAUCCCCUCUUGGGAACGUGCCGCACGGCCAAGGGAACGUGGCGUGGCCACAAAGCGAUCCGACAGUGCCCCCGUGGUGGCAUUGGCGAGGGGCUUACCUCGUGGGCCAGGCAGACACGAUCUUCCACAAGCAGCCAUAAGGGGCUUAGAGGAGGCUGUUGCUUCAGGGGGGGAGAAUCUGUCUGCAGGACUUUGUGAAGGCUUCUGGGGUGAACACUCCUUUCCCUGCAGGAAGGGCACCUUUCUCAAGCCUGUGGGUCCAAGAUGCUGGGGUUGAUGGCCAGUGGAGUCAUGGCAGGGGAGGUCCAAUCCAGCUCGUGUGGGGCUUGACCACAUAGCCGGGUCUCUCUCCAUCCUGCCCCCCAGCUCCUUCCAGCCCCGCUACUGGAGGGCCACGUUAACGGCAUGAUGGACUGUUAUUACCCCUUUGUAUUACCGCGUCUUGCCUUCACCGGGGUCUCUUUCCUCUGUGGUGGCAGGACUCUCCAAGGACCACCUUGCCUCCUCUUCAUUUGACCAAGAACGUGCCUUACACACUGGUGAAAAACGCCUUCCAGAUUGCACUACUCCCAGGAAAACUUCCUGGUUUUACCUCCUGGUAAACCCAACGGCUGGUUAAUUUUGCAAUAACCACUUGGGGAAACAAAACUGUGUUUCCCCCUCCCAUGGUGGUGUGUACCCCUGAAUGCCAUUCUCUUUCCUUUCUUAAACAAAACAUUCUAUGGUUUCUGUUUACUGGUCCUCCAAAUGACGACAGAGAACUAACGGCUAGACCUGUCAAGCACUCACGGGUGCCAUUGAGACUUUGAGUGAUAGGCAGUCAGGGACAAAGCUAACAGCAAGAUAUAUAUUCUUAGAUACACUGAAGAUUAAAUGGCCCAAAGGGCCUGUGUUGUAAGGAACAUUUGUUGUAGUAAGUUUAAUACCUCAUAAUAACCAGAACUAUAGGAACUCCUGAGAAAUAGGCACACAUGUAGUCAGAAUCACAGGAAGGGGGACUGUUCCCCACGCGACUGGAACUGAACCCCUACCAACUUGUUUUAAAGGAAAAAUAAUAAUUCCACACUUUCAAUUUAUGGUCUGCCAAAUAACCAUAAAGAAAUGGCUAGCCUGCCUUUUAAAAAUCACUUUUCAUUUUCAGUCCUCCAAAUGACCAUAAAGAAGUGGCUAGACUUGCCUGUGUUUUUUUAAAGGCCACUUUUCGUUUUCAGGUGAUCAUAAAGAUGAUCAUCUCCAGAUGAUCAUAAAGGGCCUGCCAAAACAGAGUGCCACACCUUCAGGGCUUUCACGGCUGCUGCAAGUGAGUAGCAGCAUUCAAUCUCCAAUAGACUGCAACCACGGAGUGUCCUCCUACUGUGAUACAACCCUAACAAAUCGGCAAAGGGGAUUUAAAAAGAAAAGAAGAAAAUAUUACAGAUGGACUGAUUUUGUCACUGGAUUCCUUCUGCUUUCCCACAACACUAAACACAUGACUUCUGAAAGCAGCAAAAUAAAGGUCUCUGUUGAGAAAUUCCGAUA